AUGUUCGCGGCAUCACUCCUCACGCUAGCGCUUGCGGCGACUGGCCUCUGCCAGGUCACAGCUCCAGAAGGUUACCGCACGGUAUACAUCACCUCGAUGGUGGAUGCGAAAUUCGUCGUGGUUCCGAAGGCGCCUGUGAAGAACGGGACAACUUUGGUCGUCCAAACACGCACCAACAAGGUCGACCAACAGUGGUACAUCAAAGCCAACAGCACCAAAAUCCAACUAGCAACCACAAACUUCUGCCUCGAUGGUGGGCCCAAGAGCAACUGGAAAGACAUGGCCAGCAUCUACCUAACCGACUGCAACGAAACCAGCGACUCGCAGAAAUGGUUCGCCAUGGCCGACGGACGCAUCGCCAUUGAGAAGUCGCCCGCGCCGCAGCAAUGUAUCGAUCUUCAGUACAUGCGUGCUACGCAGAACAACCCGGUUGGUUUCUAUUCGUGUGCGGGGCUGGGGAAUACGGGCGCCAAGGAUAAGGGGAUUAAUUGGCCGCUGGUGGAUGUUACGACGGCCUGA